UUUUUUUUUAAGUUUGAUACCUCAAGUCAAUCAACAUGAUUAUUCUCACACGUUUUUCAGCUCAUAGUACAUCAACGACGGCAACAUGGAUGACAUUGGGCAGACAACGAUUAUGGUACAGUAGUCAAGGGUAUAGCCAUCUUAGUGCACGAAAGCAAUCGUUUAUUGCCAAGACGGGUACAUAUCCUCAAGGCUUCCGAGCGUCUGGUGUAGCGUGUGGGAUUAAGAAGAAUGGCAACAAGGAUGUGGCAUUGGUGGUAUCUGAACGGCCAUGUUCAGCGGCGGCGGUGUUCACGACAAAUGCAUUCAAGGCAGCUCCUGUCAUGGUCAGCAAGCAAACACUUCAAGACAAUGAUCACCAGAACAUUUAUGGCGUAGUGACGAAUUCUGGAUGUGCCAAUGCAGUGACGGGAGCUCAAGGUAUGGUGAAUGCUCAAAGGAUGCGUGGAGUGAUGGAUGAAUUGACAGGUCAUGUCAACUCGGCCUUAGUAAUGUCAACAGGGGUUAUUGGACAACAACUCAACAUGGACAAACUAGAACCUGGAAUUCGACAGGCUUACCAAGUCUUAUCAGCAGAUCAUGAUCAAGGUUGGAUCAAAGCGGCAGAGGCAUUUAUGACGACGGAUACUUUCCCCAAGUUAUUGUCUGGUUCUUUCAAGGUUAACAAUGGUACGUUCAGCAUGGCGGGUAUUGCGAAAGGUGCUGGUAUGAUUCAUCCCAAUAUGGCGACGUUGCUUGGUUUUGUGGUCACGGAUGCUCAUGUUGCGCCUGGAUUAUUACAAAAGGCUUUGACUUAUGCAGUUGAUCGGAGCUUCAACGCUAUCAGCAUUGAUGGGGAUAUGAGUACCAACGAUACUAUCUCUGUCUUGGCAAAUGGUGCUAGUGGUGUGAUCAUUGAUGAUGAAACCCAUCCUUCCUAUCUAUUAUUCCGUGAUCGUCUGACUGAUUUUGCUGCUGAAUUGGCUCAAUUGGUGGUGCGUGAUGGUGAAGGCGCGACAAAAUUCGUCACUAUCCAUGUCAAGAAUGGUGAAUCCUUUGAAUCUGCAAAAAAGGCGGCUUCUCAUAUCUCAACCUCCAAACUCGUCAAGACUGCUCUUUAUGGACAAGAUGCUAAUUGGGGUCGUAUUUGUGCAAGUUUGGGACACAGUGGUGUUACCGUGGAUCCUACCAAAGUCAGUGUGACAUUUAUACCUAGUGAUGGUUCCAAGCCCUUACCGCUGAUGAUCAAAGGUGAACCCGAAGUUGUGGAUGAAGUCCGUGCAUUGGAAAUUCUCAAGAUGGAAGAUUUAUGGAUCGAAGUUGACUUGGGUUUGGGAUCUAGUGAUGCCAAGUUUUGGACGUGUGAUCUCAGUCAUGAAUAUGUCACUAUCAAUGCGGAUUAUCGUUCCUAGUCAUAGUUUUUUUUUUUUUUUUUUUUUUGAAACAUC